AAAAAACACACACGGUCCAGCAACAGAUAGCUCCAACAAGUGAUCGAGAGAACAGCAGUGCAUGGUUAACUGCUGACACAAAGGGAGGACUUUAUCUGGCAGUGAAAGGUAGCUGAUCACAACAAUGUCUGGCCGAGUAAUUGAUUUGGAAGAGACCGCGACCCAUACAGGUCCAAAGGGGGUCAUUAAUGACUGGAGGAGGUUCAAGUUGGAAAGUAUGGACCGGGAGAAUUUGCCUCCUGCAAAAAGGGAACUUCUGAGGCAAAUGUCGUCCCCCAAUAAAUCAAAAGAUGAUUCCAGAGCUAACCUGAACCGCAAGAUGAGUGUCCAAGAGUAUGAACUGCUCAAGGAGGAGGAUGAAGGAUGUCUGAAACAAUACAGGAGACGAUGCAUGGAAGAGAUGCACAGCAAGCUCAGCUUUGGCCCCAAGUUUGAAGGUGUUCAUGACCUGGACAGUGGCGAGGCCUUCCUCGAAGUCAUCGAGAAGGAGCACCACAGCACAGUGGUGGUUGUACACAUUUACAAGGUUGGGGUGAAAGGAUGCGAGCAGCUCAACAGCUGCCUGGACUGCUUGGCCACAGAGUACCCCACUGUAAAGUUCUGCAGGAUUGAUGCCGUCUCAUCCGGUGCCGCCGAGCGUUUUUCGGAUGAGUAUUUACCGACGCUGCUGGUGUACAAGGCUGGGGAGCUCAUAGGGAACUUCUUGUCCUGCACGCAGCACAUGAACGAGGAGUUCUUUGCAACCGACGUUGAAGCUUUCCUCAACAGUUACGGCCUGCUCCCAGAGAAAGAGCUGCCUGGAGACGACGAGGAGGAAGAACAUGACAUAGAAUGAGACAGGAGUUUGGCUGCUGCAGGAGAAAGAGGUUGGGUAAAGAUAUAAGUGAAGCAGUUUAUAUAUAAAAUAUUCUUGUUUAUUUGUUCUUUUUUUUUUUUUUUGCUUUGGCAAGUAGAAAAAUCCUAACUUUUCCUCUAUAACACUAGCUAUGAACUGUUUCUUGGGAAUGUAUUUAUAUAUAAGUGGUGGGGAAACUGUAAUAGCUUGGAAAAAGGAGUUGCUGAAUGAGAAAACCCUCCAUUCCUCAUCACCACCUGAAAAGCCAAAACAAGAUAACUGUAAUGAUAAAUACAUUGUUGUAUUAGGAAAUAUCUUCCUGUAUAUAUACAUGUGCAUGACCAGAUUCAUUUAUAGUGUUUUUUUUAGCAUUUGAAUGUAUUUAAGUCAAAAAAUUUGCAUCCAUGAGCUAUACAUUUUUGAAUGUAAAAUAAUGUGCACAUGUACUGUAUAUUUAUUAUGUUUGUGUUGUUCUGAUAAAGAAUAAAUAAAUGACAGCUUGAAGCUCCACUCAACCAACUUUUCCAGUAAAAAGGACAGAGGACUAAUUUUAUCUUCCAAAACACCUAAUUAAUUAAUUAAUUAAUAUGAUGCUUUCAACACUUUUUGAAGCAUAGAAUAAUAUUAAAAUAGUCUUAUUUAAUUAGAUUACCUACAUGUAGGCUUUAGUAUUUUGACAAAAAUGACUGGAAAAUCUCCAUAAUUGUGCAGCCUUGGCAGUGGUACACAACAGUCAAGGGAGAUGGGACCCGCCAAACUUUUUCUGGUAUUCAAAAUUGGAGGAAAGUCAAUUUUCAGAGAAUUUUUUGGAAUGAUGCAAAAUACUGUGCCUUGAAGAAGGAAACUAAAACAGCACCACUAUCUCACAAUACUGGCUCCCAAGAGUAUUGCUUAGAAAUCAGACAUGGCUGCUGUUAGCUAGCUAACUGCUGUUGCUAGCUAUUAGCUAGCAACUGCUGUUGCUAGCUAAUAGCAGCUAGCAACCUUGCUAAUGUACUUUUACUUAAGUUACUUAAUUUUUGCUUAUGUUGGCCUGGUAUGUGUGCUUUAAAACUACAUAAAAAAACGAUAACAUCUGU